AUGUACACACAAAAGAUCUUUUUAGUCUUCAGUUUAUUAAUUAUUUCAAUAGUUGCACAACGUGAUAAGAAAAAAACAUGUAUACAUAAUUUAGUUAUCAAUGGUACGAAUUUAAUUACUUCACAUCGAAAACAAUUACUUGUUUUGGGUGUUAUAAAUUUAAAUACUCAAUCAUCACGCAUACAAGCUAACAGAUACAAUGAUUUAUAUCGUGAACUUGAACGUUAUAAUAUUCGUGAUUCUGUUGUACGCAUUGCUCUUAUAAACGAACAAAAUGCUGAACAAAAUUAUGUAGGAGAUUCUUAUGACAAAAUUCCACUCUAUCAAGAUAAUUCAAGAGAUCAUUUAGUUAGAAGGUUAAGUGAUCACAAACAAACAAUCAAUAAUUAUGUAUUUGGACGAUGUGGUUAUCUCGUAUUUAGUCAAGAAUAUCCAGAUUCAAAUCUUAAUGAUGGAAAAAAUUAUCAGGAACUUCUUCGUGUUAUAACAACGGCUGUAAAAAAUAAACGACGUUGUCAGAAUAUAUGUAGUUAA